AUGGGCUUCAAGGGCAAAUUUCCGCAGAUGGUCCGAGAAACGGGCUUCAAAUUGAGGCAGUAUCGCGAUGGUCCACUGGACUGGAGGCUAAUGGGAUCUUAUGAAACGGAGAGGAUUCUCAGGGAGCAAAACUUCGAGCUGGUGGACAAGGCGUUGGCCCAUCUUUCGGAGGCUCCACUGGGCACUGUUUUGGAAACUCACAUUCUGGACAGUGGCAUUGCCAAGUAUUUCGUGAUGUCCCAGUAUGCCAUUCAGUACCUGAUUUGCUGUCGCACUUACCUGGACGAAUGUGUCACGGAUCUGAAAGAGGCUCAUUCGACGGCGCAGGAGGAAAUUGCCACUCUCCGGAAAUCCCUGAGUGAAUCCAACAACGAGGUGAUCCAGCUGCAUAAAAAGAUCACCCAGAUCGAGGCCAUUCGCGAGGUGGUCUAUCCGUGUCAUCUGUGUCCCAAGAACUUUAUCAGCAACGAGGCCUUGAAUGUACACAUUGGUCGAAAGCACCGCGUGGCCACGCCCCCCAGUCUGGCAUCCGGCACGGGAAAGGAUAAGGAUAGGGAUAAGGACACCGAUGUCCACCUGAUCAAUACCAUCAAAAUGGAGCUGGAGAUCAAGCAAUUGAAGGAGCGACUGAAUGCGGCGGAGAAGAAUAUCAAGGAUCGGAGCACGGGAUCCAAGAGGGUGAGUCCUCGCCAGGAGCAACGCACCGUGGGCAUUCAGAGCAAUCUGGCGGAGCCCAAGGACAAAGACGAGGAUAGCGGGCAGGCGCGGCGGAGUGAGGACAGCGAACGAAAGGAGCAGCUCACAGGAUUGGCCGAGCGACUCAGCAACUUUGAGGAGUGGCAAAUGCAGCUCAAGCAGAGUAACGAGCAGUUUAUACAGGACAUCAAUAAGAGGUUGGAGGGCUUGAGCCGCGCCCUGGAACAGAGCAAACAAGCCUCGGCAACCACGCCCCCGCUGGAAGAUCGUGUUGCCACGCCCUGUCUGGAGGACCUGGAACGAAUACUCACCGAAAAAGUAGCAGAGAUUGGAAAGAUGAGUGCCCACAAGCUGGAAGAGGUGGUGUACCACCUUGAAAUGGGCUACAAUGAGAAACUAGAGGCCCUCGAGCGGGAACUCAAGGUGUUAAGUUCACAGAAGAAUCAGCCUGAUCCCGUCCAGCUGUCCUUGCCAGCUGCGUCAAAAAUACCCAAGCCAGUAGUACCCCGCAAAGAGGAAACCAACAUAGAUCGCAUUCGAAAGCAAGUGGAGAGCGAGUUCCUGAAAAAGAAACGGGACGAUGACACCUAUUCCAUUGAGGAGGCUCCGCGGAAAAGCCCAGAAAAGCCUAUUACCCAGCAGGUGACCCAAGUGCAAGUUCACGUCGUGGAGAAGGAACAGCCAAGUGCCGGAAGCUCUGGCAGUAAUCCAACCUAUACGAAGUCCCCUAGGGAAGCCCUGGUAUCUAGCAAACCGGAAACUAGGGAAACCACAGACAUUAGCGAGAGUCUCAGCCAGGAGGAGGUGGAGAAUGCCGAGGAGCAGAGCCUGACAGAGGAGGAGGGCACUGAGGUCUCCACCUCCGAGUCGGAGGCACCCAGGAACGAUCGAAAGCCAAAAGGGAUCAAGCCUCCUGCAAGGAUCAUCAAAAGCCCUCAAAAACCAUUUACCCGCAAAGAUGCCCGUAAGAUGGUCAACCGGAAGUUGUUGCCCCACGGUUUCGAUAUGAAGUCCAAGGGUAUUUCCCACACCUCUUUAAAAAGAGUUAACUCAGAGCUCGCCGAACACCGCAACAAACUGAAAUUGCUAUAUCCCCACUUCUACGUCACUCGAAAUCGCAUCCGCAAAUUCGUGGAGAAGCUGUGCUCCACCAAGUUCUCAGAACGUGCUGAGGGGCUCCUCAAGCACAGGAGUCCUUUGAAGCCCAUGGAGAUCCCUAAGAAAGGGAUGCAAAGGUCAGUCAGCUCUGCAAAGUCGGAGGAGGAUAUAGCUAGUUCGCAAAACGAGGAACAGGAUGAAGAACAAUCGGAGAGCAGCGAUCAACAGUCUCGAAGCCCGAGUCCUCCAGUGCGACCACUUAAUAAGGAUUUCAGAGCCCGGCUGGAGGAGAUUCUGGUCAAGCCAGCGGCCACUGUCCGAGGAGCUUCCAAGUCGGCCCUGAUCACUCGGCCCGUUCCGCUGCCCAGAAAGCGGGUUAUGUUCAACACAAUGGACAGCGGAAAGAGUUUCAACGACAGCGAUGAUAACUUUAAAUGA